AAAAAAAAAAAAAAAAAAAAAAAAAAAACCAACAUGUAUUCCUCCAAAAUUUCAGCUCUCCUCAUUAUUUACAUGCUUUUCAUUUCCUCAGCCACUCCCAUUUUCGGAUGUGGCGCCUGCGGCAAGCCAAAUCAGAAGCCUAAGCAAAAGCACCCAAAAGGCCCCAUUACUCUUCCUCCCAUUGUUAAACCACCAAUCAAUUUGCCACCAGUCACUGUUCCUCCAAUUAAGCCACCGGUUACUCUCCCCCCCAUUGUAAAGCCACCUGUUACACUCCCUCCAGUGACAGUUCCUCCAAUUAAGCCUCCAGUUACCCUCCCUCCAGUGACUGUUCCUCCAAUUAAGCCUCCCGUUACACUCCCUCCGGUGACCGUUCCUCCAAUUAAGCCUCCCAUUAACCUCCCUCCGGUGACACUUCCUCCAGUGACAGUUCCUCCAAUUAAGCCUCCAGUUACCCUCCCUCCAGUGACUGUUCCUCCAAUUAAGCCUCCCGUUACACUCCCUCCGGUGACCGUUCCUCCAAUUAACCUCCCUCCGGUGACACUUCCUCCAGUUACUGGUCUUCCAACGACUAAGCCACCAAGUGGAAAGACUUGCCCACCAUCACCAGGUACUAAACCAGCCACAUGCCCUAUUGACACACUCAAAUUGGGCGCUUGUGUGGAUCUUCUCGGCGGAUUGGUUCACGUCGGUCUCGGUGACCCCGUUGUUAACCAGUGUUGCCCGGUUCUUAAAGGGCUUGUUGAGCUUGAAGCUGCAGUCUGCUUGUGCACCACACUCAAGCUAAAGCUACUCGACCUUAACAUUUAUGUUCCUCUUGCUAUUCAGCUCCUUGUGACUUGUGGGAAGACUCCUCCCUCCGGUUACACUUGCACUCUUUAGAUCUAAGGUCUCCAGAAUUGAUGGAUUUUCUCGGAUGAAAUCGACAUGAGAGGAUGUCGAGCCUCAUCUCUCUUUCUCU